AUGAACAGAUCAAAUGUCCAUUUUCUUGAUUUACCCGACGAAAUAUUACUUAUAAUUUUGGCAAAAUUGAACAAUAUUGAUGUUCAUUAUUCAUUAUUAAAUAUUCAUAACAAACGACUUGGCGUUCUAUGUAAAGAAAAAAAUUUCAGUAAUAUUCUCGAUUUUACAUCAAUCAAAAAUGAUUCUCCCAAUGCUUGUUGUAAGUUUAAUCAAAUUUGUAACGAAAUAUUGCCACGACUUUGUCAUAAUGUAAAAUAUUUUAUUGUUGAAUUAAAUUCAAUGGAACGUAUUCUUUUUGCUGCUAAUUAUCCAAAUUUAACUCAAUUGAAAAUUGUAAAGUUUAAACAAGACAUUGCUCUACAAUAUUUUACAGAUGAAUCAUCUCUUCGUAAUAUAUUUCAACAACAAAUUACACAACUUAUUCUUAUAAAUAAUGAUACAAGAGAUAUAAUAGGAUCAUCAGAAAAUUAUACUAAAAAUGUUUAUGGACAGAUAUUCAAUUUGUUCAAAAAUCUAAAACAUUUCAGCGUUGAUGGAACAGAUUACUGUUCAUAUCCAGCCGUAACACUUUGUAAUUUGCCGUCAACUACUCUCUUAUCUUCAACUCUUACUUAUUUAUGUAUUAAUGUCUAUUCAUUCGAUGAUUGUCUGUAUAUACUAGAUGGUCGACUUAAACAAUUAACUACAUUGAUUGUUCAUAUAUCAUAUAUGGAUGAUAUUUCAACCGUUCGUAACAUAGAUGAGUUAGCUACAUUCAAAUAUUUUUCAUUCAAAUAUGAUUAUCUGAUAAACUCAUAUGAUACCAAUAUUUUACCAUUACUUCGUCGUAUGAAAUAUUUAGAAAAAUUAACAUUAUACCUUCGCGUACAAAAUCGAAGUACAUUUAUUGAUAAAACUCAUCUUGAAAAUGAAAUUUUGAGUUAUAUACCAACACUUCAAUUAUUCACUUUUUAUAUUAGUACUUAUAAUAAAACUAUUGAUUUAUUUCAUAAUAUGGUUGCUCAACAAUCUACGAUAUAUAUUAAAAACCAGCAUGUGAAUAGUAUUAUUAAUUAUAUUAGUAGCUGGACAGCUGUUUGUUCAGUUUUCUCAAUUCCUUUUGCAUUUCAUCGUCUUCAAGAUAUUGGUAACUUAUUUCCAAAUAUUAUAUUCAAUCAUGUCACGUAUUUAUUAGUGCAAGAUAUUAUUCCAUUUAAUCAUGAAUUUUUCAUUCGGGUUGCUCGAGCUUUUCCAUUAUUAAAAACGUUACGUGUUUUCAAUCUUGAAUCACAAUCAUCGAAUAAUACGAAUACAUGUUUAUCUAAGAAUAAUAACUCAAAUCUUAUUGCUGAAUAUCCUCAUCUUACUGUACUUGACGUAAGAAGUGGAAAUAUUGAUUACGUUGAACAAUUUCUUGAUGAAACAAAGACAUAUGUACCAUGUCUAACUGAAUUAAUAGUCACCUAUAAUCAUUUGAGAAUUGUCACAAAUAAUUUUACAAGACAAGAAACACGACGUAAUUGUGCAAAUGUGCAACGAUUAGAAAUGAUACGACCAUUGGUACAUACGCAUGAUUUCUAUGUUUAUUUUCCUCUAUUAUAA